AUGAACAGUCACGACGCUUACUCUGGUUACCGAAGCCUCUUGCCCGCAGGGGUGGAGGGCGAGAAUGCAGUGGCAGCAAGCAUUGCUCUUCAAAUCCCACUGCUCUUCCCAGGCGCGAGUGCCAAAAAGGUCAAGAUUCCCAUCCACUUUUCAAUCUGCGGAAAGGACUCGGUCGCUCCUGCCGCUCCAACGCUCAAGUACGCCAAGCAAGCUGCAAAGGGAGAGAUCGAGUAUUACGAGGAUUUCGGUCAUUUCAGCAUCUAUCAGGGAGAACAGUUCGACGUCGUCACUGCCAAGCAGCUGGACUUUUUGAGCCGAAAUUUGCCACUGGAGGCAUAA